AUGUCGUCUGAUUCUUCUUUUCCAUUUCUUGAUUUAUAUCUUUUUCCUUUUUCUUUAACUAUUUUUCUCUCUUUAAACCUGUUCUUUACUUUCUUCCUCUCUCUCUCUCUCUUUCUCUCUGCCUCAUUCUCUCACUCUCUGUAUAAAUUUCUUCUCGAUUUUAUUUGCCUCACAUUCCCUUUACUCUCUUUCAACAUAUCUCCCUUAGACUGUAUUUCUCAGUCUCUACUUCAUUUUCCCCUCAAUUAUCUAUCUCAGUCUGUUUCUAUCUAUCUAUCUAUCUAUCUAUCUAUCUAUCUAUCUAUCUAUCUGCGUGUCUAUCAAUCUCAGUCUGUUCGUUUAAAUCUAUCUCAGUCUUUUCAUUUCUAUCUAUCUAUCUAUCUAUCUAUCUAUCUAUCUAUCUAUUUAAUGUCUAUUCUAUCUAUCUAUUUAUCUAUCAAGCCUGUUAUUAUAUCUAUCUAUCUAUAUCUAUCUAAACCAGUUCAUUUAUAUCUAUCUAUCUAUUUAAUGUCUAUUCUAUCUAUCUAUCUAUCUAUCUAUCUAUCUAUCUAUCUAAGCCAGUUCAUUUAUAUCUAUCUAUCUAUCUAUCUAUCUAUCUAUCUAUCUAUCUAUCUAUCUGUCUCAUUGUGUUCAUUUAUAUCUGUCUAUCUAUCUCAGUCUGUUCAUUUAUAUCUAUCUGAGUCUGUUCAUUUAUAUCUAUCUAUCUAUCUAUCUAUCUAUCUAUCUAUCUAUCUAUCUAUCUAUCUUAUCUGUUUAUAUUUAUCUAUCUAUUUAAUGUCUGAGUCUGUUCUUAUAUCUAUCUAUCUAUUUAUCUAUCUAAGCCAGUUCAUUUAUAUCUAUCUAUUUAUCUAUCUAUCUGUCUCAUUGCGUUCAUUUAUAUCUAUCUAUCUAUCUAUCUAUCUAUCUAUCUAUCUAUCUAUCUAUCUAUCUCAUUCUGUUCAUUUAUAUGCAUCUAUGUAUCUCAAUCUGUUUAUAUCUAUCUAUCUAUCUAUCUAUCUAUCUAUCUAUCUAUCUAUCUAUCUAUCUGUCUUUUUUGUCUCGUUGCAAGCAAAAUUGGUCGAGUUGAUGGAUUUUCGCAUUUUUCUUGGCCUUAUCACAUCUCCCGCUAUUUUUGUGAUGAACAAAGUCGAUCGAUUUAUUCAAACAGGAGCAUUGACCUCUCCUUUUCUCUUCGUUUUCUUUUCCUUUUUUCUCUUCACCCACCCACCCCAACCCUCCAUCUCCCGCUCGUCAUUCAUUCUCACCUCUGAACGGGACAGUCGGAUCCCUCGGAUCGAUGACGCUUCAAUAUAUAAUAUUGAAGUGGUGUGGUGGGGGGACAGAGAAGUUUUCAAUCCCUCUGUUUCUUUUCUCUCUCUCUCUCUCUCUUUCUCCCUCUCUCCUUCUUUCUUUCUUUCUUUCUUUCUCUCUUUCUUUCUUUUCUGA